AUGGUUACACGCUAUCAAGCCAAUCCAAAGGAGUCACAUGUUGCAGCGGUUAAACGGAUAUUCCGAUAUCUUAGAGGGACCAUGGAGUAUGGUUUAUGGUACCUCAGGGGGAGUGGCUUCAUACUCACUGCAUACUCAGAUGCAGACUGGGCAGGCAGUGUAGAUGAUCGUAAGAGUACAAGUGGUGGAGCUUUCUACUUAGGCAAUAGUCUAGUUACGUGGCACAAUAAGAAGCAAGAUUCGGUAUCUCUAUCAAGGGCAGAGGCAGAGUACAUAGCGGCGACAUCAUGUUGUACAUUGAUCUUGUGGAUGCUACAAAUGAUGAAGGAUCUAUGUGUUGAGUAG